AUGGUUCUACUACUGGGUAUUUCUGCCCAGGAAGGCUCCCAACCCAAAACUACAUUCUGUACCAGCAGUAUGUCCCCCACCACCAGCGAGACUCAAGUCUUGAAGUCGGGAAUCCACUCGGCAACAUCGACUUUCAUGACUGCGACGCCUUCCCUUACACCCAUCUCAAUCCCAACGUUCGAGAAUGAAGCCAAGUCCCCAAACCCAAACUCCGCAAUGUUAACCGCACGCGACUACCGCAGGCGGAGACGCGGGGGCCUCAAAAUUCCCACGGCUGUCUUUAUUGCGAUUCCUCUCAUCGUUGCGGCCGUCUGCUGCGGCGGAGCUGCAUGCUGUGCUAUAGCUGGUGGGAAGAGGACGCGCGCUAGGGAGUUGCAACAGCAGCAGUUGCAAGCCCAGCAGCAGAGAAAUAGUAACGGGGGUUUUGACGUUGAGGCGUUGGGGCGCCGUGGUGUCGGUGUUCGUGAGCCUCCUCGUGCGGUAACGAUUGGAGGACGAGGACGAGGGCCGCGGGAGUAUGAGAACGAGUAUUUCAAUGAGAUUGGCCAUGGCCAUGGGCGCGGGCGUGGUGAUGGUAAUGACAGGAGGGAGGAUGCGCCGCCGCCUUAUUCUGCGUUCUAA